UGUUAACCCGGAAGUUGCCGGCCCGCGGUCAAUGCUCACCCCGUUGACAUGGAGGCUAGGUAUGUUUCACAGAAGAUCAGCCGGGUCCGCUGGCUCCCGGUGUCCGGCUCCAGUCUGCAGCUUCCCGAAUGCUUCGCCACCGGAUCCUGGGAUGCUGAGCAGAACAAAGUGUGCCUAUGGGAAACAAUUGACAUUGAAAGCAUUGAUACAGAUCAACUGUUCUUGGAGGACUCUAAGCCUUUGUGUUCAAUCACCCACCAAGGUGACGUUAUGGAUCUACAGUUUCUGGAUCAGGAAAAGAUUAUUACCGCUUCUUCUACAGGAAGUGUCAUUUUAUUCCGUUAUCAUCAAAAUGACCAGAAACUCUCAAUCCUCCAGGAAUGGGAACGUGCCCACUACUAUUCCCAUGGCAGUGCUCCCUGUACCAGCCUGGUCUGUAAUGGUCCUGAGAUCAUCUCUGUCGGGGAGGAUGGUCGGAUUAACCAUUUCCAAGCUGACCAAAAGGAACCUGUGCAGACUAUAGACAAUGCUGACAGCAGUUCACUCAAUGCAGUCACCUUUCUGCGAACUACAGAAAUUUUGACAGUCAACUCAAUAGGACAGUUGAAAGUUUGGGACUUCAGACAGCCAGGAAAUAAACCUCGUCAGAUAUAUUCUUUGACGGGUGAUCGGGUGCCACUGCAUUGCGUAGACAGACAUCCGAACCAGCAGCACAUAGUAGCGACAGGUGGACAGGAUGGAACAUUCUGUAUCUGGGAUGUCAGACAAGGAAGUGUACCCAUCUCUUUACUGGAUGCUCAUUCUGCAGAAAUGUGGGAAGUUCAUUUUCACCCCUCCAAUCCUGACCAUGUGUUUACUUGCUCCGAGGAUGGGUCACUGUGGCAUUGGAAUGCUUCCGUUACCGCGCCUGAUCUGCCUUCCUUUCUUCAACAAGGUAGAAGAAACUUCUCAAUUAGUGGCUCAGGUGCCAAUGUCGACUUAAACCAAUCAGUGACCUGUGCCUGGCUCACCAUGGAUGCUGCAAAAGGCAGAGUGGACAUCAAUAACCUUCUGUCUGCUUAUGUGCUUUCAGUGAAUAGUUUAGAUGUUGUGGGAGAUCAUUUAGUAUGUGGAACAGAUGGAGAAGCUGUCUACCUUACCCGUAAUCUGGAGCUCCGAUAGGCAAAUCAUACAACAAACCUUGAUAAACCGCAAAUGUAAAUUCCUGUACAUGUACUGUUAUUCUUAAAACCAAAUACUUGUCAGGCUGAGUGUGGCACAAAGACAAACACAAAUACAUAACUUUUUUUAAAAAAUAAAGUACUAUCAUUAAA